AUGGAUAAUUCUACGUACUUCGGCGCGAGCCAGGCACCUGGUGGAAGCCCGUCAACCUACAUGGGCUCAACUGGAGGCGGUUCCCAAAGAGAAGUUUCCGAUGGAAGGACUGUCAUGGGAGGUGCAGCUGCAACAGGAACGCCUACUGAAAGCCCCACAAGAAUGACAACUAUUAGAUGUUUUCCGGUGCGACCUGUUGAUGAAGGCUCCAGACCAUAUGAUAGCUGUGCAAUAAGGCCGAGAGCCCCCGGUGAAGGCUGUAUAUUAGGACGACAGGGAGACACUGGUGGAGGCUGUGUGAUAAGGCAACAGGGAGAAGUUGUUGGGAGAGAAUGUGUAAUAACACAUCAAAGAGGUACUGGCGGAAGAGAAUGUGUAAUAACACAUCAACGAGGCACUGGAGGAGGCUCAUGGACACCAGCUUGGACACCAGGUCAACUCAUUUCCUUUUCAUUUUUUCAAUUCCCUUUAUUUAGAAGUUGUAGUACCUCGUCCUUGGGAAAUUGA